AAAGAGUUUAAACAGUUAGGUGCGAUAUUUUCCAAUAAAUAAAACGUUGGAAACACAUCAAAGUCAAUUUACUACAGAUAAGCUAUAGUUCCGUAUAUGCAUUAGUUACUUAUAAUUACAAGAAAAUGAUCGUCAAUAAUCCCAGCAGAAAUUUUAUUUCUAAAUGGCUUCAACUAGUAGCAGUAAUAACAGGAACAAUCGGGACCAUAAGCGAUGGUAUGCAGUAUGGCUGGACAGCUCCUAAUAUUCCCAAGCUACGUUUAGACGACAGCCCAAUAAAGAUAGCAAAACAUGACGAAGAAUGGAUAGAAAGUAUCUACAUGAUAGGAAACACCGUAGGCAUUCUAUUUACAAUAGUUUAUAUGAAGUUUAUGGGUAGAAAACCAAUUAUAAUAUUGGCCGCUACAAAACAUGUAAUAGCAUGGAUGUUGAUAGCAACAGCAACCAAAAUUGAAGUUCUUUAUUUUGCACGAUUCCUUGCCGGUGCGGCUGGAAAUAUAGCCUUUGUUGCACUGCCAAUGUACGUCGCAGAAAUAGCCGAUGAAAGCAUUCGAGGAUUUUUAGGAACUUUUGCCUACACCAGCAUGAUACUUGGUGUCUUGGUAAUAUACAGUAUUGCACCAUUCACCUCAAUAGCAAUUUCUUCGAGUGUAGGAGCAGCGUGUGUUACGCUUCAAAUAUUAACCUUCAGUUUUAUGCCUGAAUCACCAUAUUAUCAUAUCAUCAAAGGAAAUCAGAAAGCUGCUUUAAAAUCUCUUCAAAUCUUCCGAAGAAAGCAAGAUGUUUACGAGGAACUUAAGGACAUUACGAGCGCUGUUCAAAGACAAGAAAAGGAAAAGGGAAGGAUCAUAGAUAUAUUUAUUGUUAGGAGUAAUCUCAAAGCAUUUAUUAUAGCAAUCACCCUCAAUUUUGCACAGCAUUUCAGUGGUAUAAGUGUUUUAUUGAUGAAUGUUCACACAAUUUUAGCGGAUGCUGAGUCAGUUAUUCCUGCAGAGACCGCUCCAAUCAUCAUAGCUGCGACCAUGCUUAUUGCUUGCAUAGCAUCUUCAUUUACUAUAGAUAAAUUUGGUAGGAAAAUUCUUCUUGUUAGCUCCAGUAUUCUGACAGGAUUGUCUCUUAUUGUACUGGCGACUUAUUUUUACAUUAAAAAUUCUAAUAGUGGUACUUCUGAUCUUAAUUGGAUCCCUGUCAUGUCCCUCAUACUAUAUUCGUUGUUUUUCAAAUUUGGUCUUGGAAUGGUCCCCAUUGUAUUUUUGGGAGAAUUGUUUCCUACUAGCAUCAAAGCAAUGGCAAUGAGCCUGAUUAAUAUAUCCUAUGGUGUGUUUGGAAUUGCGUCGGUUUAUUAUUACAUUCAUGUCAGUUCUUUGUAUGGAAUGCACGUUCCAUUCUUCAUUUUCGCAGGAUUGUGCAUUUUUGCAGCGCUGUUCUCACAAUUGUUCAUACCCGAAACCAAAGGCAAAACGUUAGAAGAAAUACAAAUGAUGUUAAAGGGCAUGUGAUCAUACAUUAGAAAUAUUUGUACCUGGGAAACUAUAGCAAGACUGAUAAUUUGAAUGGGAGUUGUUGGAACUUCUGAAAAUAAAUUUAGUAAAUUAAGCUAAUAUUAAAGUAGAUUAAGGACUAGAGCUUUGUAUAAGUAUUCAGCAUGGAUACCUAUUUUCAACUACCUGAAAAACGGCUAACUCUAUCAUGUAACUUUGGUAACGAGAUUAGUAACAUAAUGUAUUAAUCUAUCGGUCCAAUUCUAUGGAAAAUAUAAAAAGUUUUACAUAUUCUAAAUGCCUACUGCCAAACUUUUACUGGUUAUCCUAGCUAAUAUUAUAAAUGCGAAUGUGAGUUUGUU